AUGGCGAUGUCCAAAGGCGCCCCCCGGCGGGCAGGGCCGGCAGCUGCACGGGGCCGGGCAGCGGCCGGGGCGUCCCGCAGCCUCCUGGGGGCCGGGGGCCGCUGCCAGCCCUUCCCGGGGCUGCACACCAACACCAUCCAUGCCCUGUUGUCCAAAUGCGAGGGGGAUUUGGGGAGGUGGGAGUGGGGCAGCGCCAAGGCCGGGCCCCCCCGCGCUGUCCUGGCGGGAGCGGCUGCAGUGGGGACCGAGUGCGGGCGGGAGCGGCCGAGAGCCCAGCGCUGCCCCAGCCCGACCUGCCCCAGCUCCAUCCCUGCCCCUGCCGGGGGAUGCUUGGAGGAGGAGGAAAAGCCCUGGAGAUUCCGCACGAGGAGGGGCUGCAAACCCAGCCCAGGAAGGUGUGGGGAGGAAGGAGCCUCCCUGAGCCAGAAAGGCAGCCGGAGAUCCAGCCAGAGCUCAGAGCUGGUGGAGAAGCCCCAUGGCAGGGAGAAGCCACACAAGUGCUUGGAAUGUGGGAAGGGUUUUAGUCGGAGCUUGCACCUGAUCCAGCACCAGGUGAUCCACACUGGGGAACGGCCCUACGAGUGUGAGGAGUGUGGGAAGCGUUUCAGCUGGAGCUCCAGCCUGAGGAGGCACCAGGUGAUCCACACUGGGAAGAGGCGCUUCGAGUGUGAGGAGUGUGGGAAGAGCUUCAGCUGGAGCUCCAGCCUGAGGCAACACCAGAGGAUCCACAGUGGGGAAAAGCCCUUUGAGUGUGGGGAGUGUGGGACGAGCUUCAGCCAGAAGGGCCACCUGAUGCAACACCAGAGGAUCCACACAGGAGGAAAGCCCUAUGAAUGUGUGGAAUGUGGGAAGAGCUUUAGAUACAGCUCUGACCUGAGGAAACACGAGAGGAUCCACACUGGGGAAAAGCCCUAUGAGUGUGGGAUGUGUGGGAAGAGCUUCAGCAUCAAGUGCCAGCUGACAGAAUACCAGAAGAUCCACACUGGGGAAAAGCCCUACAAGUGUGGGGAAUGUGGGAGGAGCUUCAGAGAAAGCUGGGCCCUGAUUCGGCACCAGGUGAUCCACACGGGGGAACGGCCCUACACCUGCUUGGAAUGUGGGAAGAGCUAUGGGUGGCACACUGACCUGAGAAAACACCAGCAGCAUGUUCACUCUGGGGAGAAGCCCUACAAGUGUCCCCAGUGUGGGAAGAGGUUUCACAGGAGCUCCGAUCUCCUCAAACAUGAGCGGAUUCACACCGAUGAGAGGCCCUUCCGCUGCCCUGACUGUGGGAAGGGAUUCAAGCUAAACUCCAAACUCGCCAUCCACCGGCGCAUCCACACCGGGGAGAGGCCCUACGAGUGUGGGGAGUGUGGGAUGAGAUUCUCAUUGAGUUCAACUUUGACCCGACACCAACGGAGGCGCCACUAAGGGAAGCCUCGUGAGUGCCCCGAGUGUGGGAAGAGCUUUGUGUGCUGCUCCAGCUCCAUCCCCCAUGGGAGGAUCCGUGUUGGAUGAUCCCCAGUGACCCCUGUUGGGCAGAGCCCUGGUGAUCUGUGGUCCUGGUGAUCCAAGUUGGAAGGCAUCUGGCUGGGGGGCUCCACAUCUUCCUGGUUCCCUGAGGGUACCUAGAUAAACCCAGCGGCAGGAACAUCCAUUGGGACACAGACCUAUAAUGGGAAUUCCAUGGGGAAAGCAGAUUUGUCAACUUUGAACCCCAUAAAAUCUUUUGCAUUCAAUUCUAUCUUCCUGUGACAUCAAGGAGUAUUGAAUGGUCUUGGAGGUAUAUUCUGGGUUGACUAUGUGCUUGUAUCCCCAGUCUGUUCUGUUUGUGCUGAAUAAGAAGUUUUGCACCUUCAAGACUUGUCCUGAGAGUGAAAGGGGGAGAGAAGAAGCACGGAGUUUGUUUUCAGAAACCACACUCACUCCUCCACAUUCGUGCUCCUGCACUGUGUUGUCUGCGGAUGGACAGACAGCGGGACAGAGCUCUCCUUUCCUUUUAGUUAGUUUUAUCUAGCUGAACCAAACAAGUUCUUUGGACUGUGGGGUUUUUUCCCUUUCUUUGGACCUGUUUAAACCUGCUCUGGCCUGAACACCAGAAGAGCACGGGCAGCUCACACCUGUGGCCCACCGGGCUGGGCCUGGCCUGGGACAUUUCCAGCAUCAGAGGCACUGAUAAGAGGCUGAGUGAGCUGAGCCUACAGACCAUGGAGGGACUUUGUGAGUUUGUGUCUCUUUUAGAGC